AUGUUGCUGUCGUCAUGGACGACUGCAGUUGUAAUAUACGAACGCGGCAGUGGGGCACAGCGUCGCCGACCGGGCGAUCCAGACCCCGAGAUGAUUCGGCUACAGAUCCUAGGUGACCCUCGGCUGCGAGAAGAGGCACUGCGGCAGCAGCCACAGCUGGCGACGGUGCUGGACGACCCGCAGCGGUUUGCGCAAUUCUUUGCAGACAACUACGAGCGCGAUCGGAGGGAACAGCAGGAGCGGCAGCGGCAGAUUGCGCAGCUGAACGCGGACCCAUUCGACAUUGAGGCACAGUCGCGGAUUGAGGAGAUUAUCCGUCAGGAGCGGGUGAUGGAGAAUCUGCAGAAUGCCAUGGAGCACAACCCAGAAGUGUUUGGCAGGGUACAUCUGCUCUAUGUGGACGUGGAGGUGAACGGCCACAAGGUCAAGGCGCUGGUGGACUCGGGGGCACAGGCAACGAUCAUGUCGCCGUCCUGCGCGGAGGCGUGCGGCAUCAUGCGGCUGGUCGACAAGCGGUUUGCGGGCGUGGCGCGGGGUGUCGGCACGGCUACGAUCAUCGGACGCGUACACUCAGCGCAGAUCAAGAUCGGCAGCCUCUUCUUGCCGUGCAGCUUCACGGUCAUGGAGGGCAAGGCGGUCGAGCUGCUUCUGGGCCUGGACAUGCUGAAGCGUCACCAGGCGUGCAUCGAUCUGGUCAAGGACCGGCUGAUCAUCCAGGGCGUUGAGAUUCCCUUUUUAGGAGAAGCUGACAUUCCCAAGGAGUCGGAGGAGGCUCUCACACAGGAACCAACCAUCCCAGGACCCAGCGGAACAACGAUCGGCCAGCGGUCGGGAGCUGUGUCGGGGACGGCGUCGGGGUCAGAAGGCGAGGAACCGGCAGCAACGGCAGCAACAGUAGCACAAGCACAAGCAGGUCCAACGGGGGCUACAUCCUCAGCAACGUCCGCGCCGGCACGAGCAGUACAGCCAGCACAGUUACCAGGGCCAGCAGGGCCAACAGGAGCAGCAACGGCAGCAGGACCUGGCCAGACGACAUCUUUCCCGGAAGAGGCGGUUCAGCAGCUCAUGGCGCUCGGCUUUCCACGCUCGGCGGCCGAGCAGUCGCUGCAGGCCACAGGAGGCAAUGUGGAGUACGCGGCCAGCCUGCUGUUCCAAGGCUGA